GUCCGUCCGUCAGGCAGGUGGGCGGGCGUUGCGGUGAGGCGGGGGUCCGUCCGUCCGUCCGUCCGUCAGCCCGGUUUGUUCCCGGGGUCCGGCAUGGCGAGCGACUUCUACCUGCGCUACUACGUGGGACACAAGGGCAAGUUUGGGCACGAGUUCCUGGAAUUCGAGUUCCGGCCGGACGGGAAGUUGAGAUACGCCAACAACAGUAAUUACAAAAAUGAUGUCAUGAUCAGAAAAGAGGCUUAUGUACACAAGAGUGUGAUGGAGGAACUGAAAAGAAUCAUCGACGACAGCGAGAUCACAAAAGAAGACGAUGCUUUGUGGCCUCCCCCGGACAGAGUCGGCCGGCAGGAACUAGAGAUUGUCAUCGGCGACGAACACAUUUCCUUCACCACGUCUAAAAUCGGCUCCCUUAUUGAUGUGAAUCAGUCCAAGGAUCCCGAAGGCUUACGGGUAUUCUACUACCUGGUUCAAGACCUCAAGUGUUUGGUGUUCAGUCUCAUUGGAUUACACUUCAAGAUCAAGCCCAUUUAGACUGUUGGCUUUGAAACUGGGUGUGGGGGGCUUUUAUGUUUAUCAAGAACUUUUUUUUACCACUCUG